UUCUUCUCUUUAUACGUAUAAAUACACGUCAAAAUAACACUUUCACAUAUUCAUUUAGUUUGUCAUAAAAAAUUGUGGAAAAACAAGCACGAUUUUCAAGCAAUUUGACCCUCCAGUCAAAUACAGUUCCUUUAAUAUAUCAAGUUAUAACCUUUUAUAACGUACAAUGUGCACAAACCGACAUAAUUAGACGUCAAUAUUGACUAAGCAUGUGAUUGUUAAAGUUUUUCGACCACAUAUAUUGUAUGUUGUCGAUGAAACAAAUCAUCUUCACGUUGAGCUAGGAACUUCUUCCGCACGUGGCGCACUCACCAGACAUAGCUUCUUCCGAUCACCUAUUUCAGGCGAUGCGGCAUCACUUGAUUGAUACUCACUUCAGAACAGAAGAAAUCCGAAAAAGCAUCGAUAACUUUAUCGCUUCGAAGCAUCUGGGAAUUCGCAAGCUGCCCGAAAGAUGACGGAAAGUCAUCGAUAAUAACGAGGAACAUUUCGAUGAUUGAGCUCUUUUUGUUUAUUUUCAAAUAAAAAUUAAGUUUUGUCAGAAAAGCUAAGAAUUAACUUUCUGCUAUUAUUAACAGUUGAGAUAUCCCAGAUAACACAAAGAAUUCAAAAAGAAUUUAGUCUCAUUAAUUCUGAGCUUUUUAGAUGCAAACAGAAUUCUUUUCACAGAAUUGAACUCUGAAGAAUUUCAGAUUUGGUUUUCGGGUUUGAGCCGCGUGGAUUCUUCUUUGUCUAAUUCCGACGUUAAAGGAUUCUUUUUGCAUCUGAAAAUGAACUCAAAAUUGGUAAUCUACGACUAAAUUAUUUUUUAAAUUCUCUGUGCUAUUUGAGACGUCAUACAAGUUUAUUCACUCACUAUAAAGAAUUAACAAAACAUUUCGGUAUACUCAAAAAUUUAUUGAAACCCUCCAAAGCUCCUAAAGCAAUUUUUGCUAUUUUCUAAUUAUAAAGUGUUAUUUAGAUUUUAAUAAAACUUAGAAUAUAUAUGAACUUAUGUUCUAAAAAGGAAUAUUUUGUAAUUUUAUUUCCACUGUUCUUCUUGUGAUAAAUAUAUAAAUAAAAUGCAUGGCUAACAUAAGCUUUAGGCUAAUAAAAUCAGAGAAAACAAUAUUUGUAUACUAUAUCUUUAUACUCGCUGUAUACUUCGUUGAGUAAAACAGUCACGAUUUAUAGGUUGUUUGAAAAUUCCAGGCACGGCCGUGGUAUGCAAGUAGAACAGGUCAAACUGAACAAAGAAGUUAUGUACCAUUUUGAAAUAACAGAAUUAACUCUUUAUUUUAUACAUUUCAAUAGCUUAACAUUAAAUUACUUAAUAGCUUAACGUUAAAUUAAUUAAUAGCUUAAUGUUAAAUGACUUUUAUACAGUUAGGAAAUUAUAAAUCAUAAAAAACUUUUAUGAAAAUAAAUUGCACAAAGAAAAAAUGCAAAUAUUAAUCUGCAAAUAUAUUUUAUUUACACUAUAGAUAUGUAAUUAUCUUCGUUGAAAUGAGAAGCAUGUUAUAGAAAAUAUUGUAAAAAUCACAAAAUUAAAAACAGUAUGUAUUGUUCAUCGAAUCACUGCAAAUUCAAGUUUACGACAUAUCUGUCGUGCCAAGGAAAAAAGUAGUUAAGUCACAUUUUUAAGAAAAAUAAGUUUUUUAUACUAAUAGAUUCGUGACAAAGAACUACGUCUAACUAUAUUUACAAAAACUAAAAAUUAUUAUUAUUUAUUAAAAUAAAAACGGGUUAACUUUAGGUAAAAUUUGAAAUAUGACAAAAUAGUCAGAAAAGAAGUCGUAAUUGACAAAAAAAUUAUACGAUACGUCCAAUAUGUCACAAAAAUACACGUGAAAAAGACCACAACAUCCAUUAAUGCUUUCUUCUCUGGCAAAAGCAUUGGUAAAGCAUAAUCCUUAUUACAAAAGAAAAGUCUUUCGUAGUUACGGUUUUCUUAUGUUGUAAACUAUCAAGUCACUUUGCGACUUUUUUUCUCUUGUAUUUUCAAAAAGCAAGAACCUUAAGUGCGUUUUUGAGUGGUACAUAUUUAAAAAGUUAAUUUUUUAUUGCAGAAUAAAAAAGCGUACCCGAUUUACCCAAUACAUGCUUUUAUAUUCAUUUACUUUUUCACUACGCUUAUUCUCUAAGCAAACAGUUUUCGUCAAUUUUCUCAGUUUGAAGGCAAAUGUAGUUAACCACUUUUAUUAUCUGUCCACGAUCUCUCGUCGUUCAUUCGUGAAAGAAAAACACUCAGUUAUCGAUUUUUCCUUAACAAAUACUCACGUGGUUCGAAAGAGUGAGCAUGAUGGUGAUACUUCUGAACUGCAUCACGCUCGGGAUGUACCAGCCGUGCGUGGACGAUCAGUGUGUAACCAAUCGAUGUAAGAUACUGCAGAUGUUCGAUGAUAUAAUUUUUGCCUUCUUCUCGCUGGAGAUGACCGUCAAAAUGGUGGCGAUGGGGAUUUACGGUAAAGGAACCUAUCUCGCGGACUCCUGGAAUAGAUUAGACUUCUUUAUAGUGCUAGCUGGCGCUUUGGAAUACUGCCUAAACGUGGAAAAUAUGAAUCUGUCAGCUAUACGGACGAUAAGGGUUUUGAGGCCGUUACGAGCGAUUAAUCGAAUACCAAGUAUGAGGAUAUUGGUGAUGCUGCUGUUGGACACUCUCCCUAUGCUGGGCAAUGUCUUGUUGCUGUGCUUCUUCGUCUUCUUCAUCUUCGGCAUCGUCGGCGUGCAGCUCUGGGAAGGUAUACUACGACAACGUUGCUUCCUGAAGGCGUUGCCCAACGUCAAGUAUCCCGAGUUACUCGCGGAGGAAUACUCGAUUCGAUCACGCAUUUACGAUCUGGAGAAGUAUUUCGAGUAUCAGGGUCAGGAUUACAUUUGCUCGCGUCCGGACGACAGCGGGAUGCAUUCCUGCAGUAAUCUGCCUCCGCUCAAACUCGGGGACUUGGUGUGCAACAGCACCGCUCUGCCGAACAAUAACACCACGUUCAUCAACAAUUAUACCUGCGUUAAUUGGAACUACUACUACACGGAGUGCAAGGGGCAAGGCAACAAUCCAUUCCAAGGAACGAUUUCAUUCGAUAACAUCGGUCUCGCCUGGGUCGCUAUAUUUCUUGUAAUUAGUCUGGAAGGAUGGACGGACAUAAUGUAUUACGUGCAGGACGCCCACUCCUUCUGGGACUGGAUAUACUUCGUUCUCCUGAUAGUUAUCGGCUCGUUCUUCAUGAUCAACCUUUGCUUGGUCGUAAUCGCGACGCAGUUCUCGGAGACGAAGAAGAGGGAGAUGGAGAGAAUGCGGCAAGAACGCGCGCGCUACCAUUCAACCUCGACGCUCGCGUCGUCCACGAAUACCUCAGAGCCUACUACUUGUUACGCCGAAAUCGUCAAAUACAUCGCUCACCUCUGGCGACGGGGUAAACGAAGACUGAUGAAGAGGUAUCGACUGUAUCUGUACAAGAAGCAGCAGAUGCGGGAGCAGAAUCUGCUCAAAGAACAGAAUCAAGCGUUCCGCUCGAAUGCUGCUGGCGGACCGAAUCGAGUGGCGGGUGAUGGAAGAUUGCAUCACGGAAGGUGUCCGCGGCUCCUCGCCGCGCUGGAGUACACGGAACAGCAGCAGCAGCAGCAACAGCAACAGCAGCAAUUGCAGGUGGCCAUCAAUGGUAAUGACGGAUCGAUGAUCAUCGAUUCCCCCACGAUCGCAUCUCCGUUACAGGCGGUCGCCGCGACCGCUCCUAUGAGCGCCGGCAACAGCGGCAGCGGGAAUUUGGGCAUCGCGCCCCGCGCCAGUCCUGAGAUCUCCGAGGCCGACACUUCGGCGAACGCCUGCCACAGACUCAGUGUGCAUCGCGCCUCUUCGGUCUCCUGCAACGGUAACGACAACGUCAUGGGAACCGCAGCUGAGACGAACAGCACGUUGUUGAGUCCGCCAUGUACGCAUUAUCGGAGAAGAAGCAGCGUAAUGUUUAGCGACGUGGUAUUGCUCCAUGGCAGCAAUAAUGUCGGGAAUGCGUUGCAGCCGGGGACGACGGUGACGUCGGGCGAACGUAAUGUCUGCUCGAGCGAGAAGAUGACGCAGACGGGCGAUGGUAACGUUUGGUCCAGUCCGCUGCCGGACCACGUACAGAUGCAAGCCGAGUUGGGUGUCAACGAGGCUAUGACGUGUCAGGAGUUGCUGGCUCUCAGCGGUGCUCUCAGUGCUGCCUUGCCAACCGGUCAGCUGGCGCUCGAUUCGUUUCUGAACUCUCUCACAAAAGGUAUCACAGAUCGCCGCAUAAUGCUGGAGGAUCGCACGCAGUGGCUCACAUCCGACGUUGACAACUGUUCCUGUUGCUGUGAGCAACAGAACGGCGAUCAGUGGCCGGAGGACGCCGAAAAGUGGCAGAAAUCGUCGCGCGCGAGAAGAUUUCUGAGAGCCAUUGGCAACUGCUGCAUCUGCACGCUGCGCUGCGUGAGACGAUGGAUCAAGAAGCUCGUGGAGCACAAGUACUUCCAGCAGGGUAUUCUACUGGCGAUCCUCAUUAACACCUUGAGCAUGGGAAUCGAGUAUCACAAUCAGCCGGAACAACUGACGGUCGCUGUCGAAAUAAGCAACAUCGUAUUCUCGGCAAUCUUCGCGGUGGAGAUGUUGCUUAAGAUAAUAGCGGAAGGCCCGUUCGGUUACAUCAGCAACGGCUUCAACGUCUUCGACGGUAUCGUCGUCGUUCUAAGCGUCGUCGAGCUCUGUCAGGCGUUCGUGGAGGAGCGCGGCGGCAGUUCCGGUCUGAGCGUGCUGCGCACCUUCCGUCUGCUCAGGAUCCUGAAGCUGGUGCGCUUCCUGCCGAAUCUGCGACGGCAGCUCUUCGUGAUGCUGCGCACCAUGGAUAACGUUGCCGUAUUCUUUUCUCUUUUAGUACUUUUCAUCUUUAUAUUCAGCAUCCUAGGGAUGUACCUGUUCGGGGGUAAGUUUUGCAUGUGGACGGACCGGAGUCGGCCCUGCACCUGUACCGAGGUGGUCUCACGGCACCCAAUGUGUCGCUGUGAUCGCAAACAUUUCAACGACAUCGUCUGGGCACUAGUCACUGUCUUUCAGAUCCUCACGCAGGAAGAUUGGAACGUCGUCCUCUUCAACGGUAUGCAGAAAACCUCGCACUGGGCUGCACUCUACUUCGUGGCGUUGAUGACUUUCGGCAAUUAUGUUCUCUUCAAUCUUCUAGUUGCCAUUCUCGUUGAAGGUUUCUCGUCAGAGAGAAACGAAAGGAGAGAACGAGAACAGAGAGAAAUGGAAAAAAGGCUCGCCGCGAAAGAGGCCGGGAUGGGCAGCGAGGACGGAUCAUCGAGGGUGUCAAGAUCGCAUUCAAUCUCUGACAGCGAUACGUACACCCAGGACAGAAAGAAUUCGUGCCAAAGCGCGGAAGAGCUGAGAAAGUACAAAGACAACAGAGAGAAACAGAACAGGGUGUGGAAGCAACCGAUCGAUGAGCCCAAAUGUAACAUCCAGAAGGAGAGCAAGAUGAUGGGCGUGUCGGGGCAGCCGCCGAUAAUCACUCACACGGCGGCCACCCCUCAAGACUCCCCGAACACCACGUUGGAUGUCGGCUACAGAGAUCUCAAUUACCGGGCAGUUUAUCCCGUAACUGCUCUUUCAAUUGAGUCCAUCGAUCGAUCUGGUAGUCAGUGCAGCAUACCCUCAGGGUUGUUGAAGCUACCCGAUGUGUCCCAUAAAAUACCGGCGAAUAACUUAAUAGCUAGCCAAUUCCCGAGACGGAUAAGCCUCGUCACGGCCGUUGUUAAUCCCCAGACGAGGGACUCGAGCUCCAGUCCACCGAGAAUACAGAGAGGAUACUCGUGGCGCUUGUCACGGCCAUCUCUGAGGAGAAAACGAUGGUCGCAAGGUGACGAUGAGAACACCAGUCAUACUACCGUACUUAAUAACGGGCGUAGUACUCUCGUUGGAUCCAAUCCAACUUUUAACGGCGGUUACUUGCACGGUUCGAUAAGAAACGACACGCAACGCGACGCGCCCAACAAUCGAACUACCGUCCUGACAAGCAAUAAUCGUAGUCUGAGUCCUAAUAAUUCGCUCGAAAGCCAUGGUCAAUCGAUUCGUCGUUACACAGUUACGCCUAAUCAGAUAGGAUGGAUCGGCGAGCUCAGGGAUUCGCGCAGGAACUCGUUACGCGGAUACGAGAACGUUCGUGAGACAUCCACGAAGAAGACGCUGCCAUUGGACGAGAUGCUUGUUCUGUCCUCGACUCCCCGCACGAUCAACAAUCUCUCAAUGGAGACUGGUCCACUGCCGAGAAUAAAACGACUUUCUGAGCAAGAGGAAGAACAUUCGAGAACGGGCGAGCAGACACCGCCGUCGAACGGCCACGGGAGCGCGAGCAGCGUCGAGAGAAUCAAAAAGAUAUUCAUGUUCUUCGAGCCAAAAGGAUGCCUAAAGGAGCGCGACGAUUAUUCCCUGUAUCUAUUCCCACCUAACAAUAGGUUCCGUAUUUUCUGUCGAUGGUUCGUCGAUCAAAAGUGGUUCGACAAUGUAGUGUUGCUGUUCAUUGGAUUAAACUGCAUCACUUUGGCGAUGGAACGGCCAAACAUACCACCGGACAGUCGCGAGAGAGUUUUUCUAUCCACCGCGAAUUACAUUUUUACCGGCGUUUUUGCCAUCGAGAUGUUCGUUAAGGUUGUCGCGUCGGGAAUGUUGUACGGUUCAGACGCGUAUUUCACCUCGGGCUGGAAUAUCAUGGACGGAUCUCUCGUUAUCAUUUCCAUAAUCGACUUGUCGAUGUCGUUAUUGUCAUCCAGUAGCCCCAGAAUAUUUGGGAUAUUAAGAGUUUUUAGAUUGCUGAGGUCACUGAGACCCCUGCGAGUCAUCAAUCGCGCGCCUGGUUUAAAACUGGUCGUUCAGACUUUGUUGUCCUCAUUACGACCCAUCGGCAACAUCGUCCUGAUUUGUUGCACGUUCUUUGUAAUCUUCGGUAUCCUCGGAGUGCAACUCUUUAAGGGUGCUUUCUAUUAUUGCGAAGGUCCUGACAUUAAGAACGUACGCAAUAAGACGGACUGUCUGUCCGACCAUCGGAACGUAUGGCUGAAUAGAAAGUACAACUUCGACGAUCUCGGGAAAGCUCUCAUGUCGUUGUUCGUCUUGUCAUCGCGAGACGGUUGGGUGAACAUCAUGUACACCGGUUUGGACGCAGUUGGAGUCGAUCAGCAGCCUAUCGAAAAUUACUCCGAGUGGCGAUUGUUAUAUUUCAUCGCGUUCAUACUGCUGGUGGGUUUCUUCGUGUUGAAUAUGUUCGUCGGCGUGGUGGUGGAGAAUUUUCACAGGUGCCGCGAGGAACAAGAGAAAGAAGAGCGCGUACGUAGAGCCGCCAAGCGAGCGUUGCAGAUGGAGAAAAAGAGACGAAGUGAGUGGCCGCGGGCUCAGCUAGAGAUGCACGAACCACCGUAUUACACCAAUUACUCCAAAUCACGGCUAUUCGUUCACAACGUCGUGACGUCCAAGUACUUCGACCUGGCGAUCGCGGCUGUGAUCGGUCUCAAUGUCGUCACGAUGGCGAUGGAGUUUUACAUGAUGCCGAAGGCGCUCACCUACGCGCUGAAGAUAUUCAACUAUUUCUUCACAGCCGUCUUUAUUCUCGAGUCAUUUAUGAAACUUGUCGCUCUUGGUUUGCACCUUUAUCUGAAGGAUAAAUGGAAUCAAUUAGACGUGGGAAUAGUGAUACUAUCAGUGGUCGGCAUCGUACUGGAGGAAGUCGAAUCCAAAAUCAUUCCUAUUAAUCCUACGAUAAUUCGCGUAAUGCGAGUGUUGCGGAUAGCACGGGUAUUGAAGCUUUUGAAAAUGGCAAAGGGUAUACGCGCCCUUUUAGAUACGGUAAUGCAGGCGUUGCCGCAAGUCGGCAACCUCGGUCUAUUGUUUUUCUUGCUCUUCUUCAUUUUUGCUGCGCUAGGAGUGGAACUUUUUGGUCGACUAGAAUGCAGCGAUGACAUGCCUUGCCAAGGUCUUGGCGAGCACGCGCAUUUUAGUAACUUUGGCAUGGCCUUCUUGACGCUUUUCCGGGUCGCCACUGGCGACAACUGGAAUGGAAUCAUGAAGGACACGCUAAGGGACGUUUGCGACGACGCUGCAGACUGCGUCAAAAAUUGUUGCGUGAGCACCAUCAUCGCUCCGAUAUUUUUCGUCAUUUUUGUUCUGAUGGCGCAAUUUGUGCUGGUGAACGUCGUCGUCGCUGUGCUGAUGAAGCAUCUGGAGGAGAGUCACAAACAGAUGGAGGACGAGCUCGAUAUGGAGACGCAGUUGGAGAGAGAAUUGGCUGCGGAGCAGGAAGAGCUUCUGGAGGUGGAGGAGGAGGAUGAAGACGACAUAGGAAUGAAUGAUAGGUCGGAUGGUGACGAGGACGAAGACGAUGAAGACAGGGAGCGCGAAUCCAUAGUGGGAAACGAAAAAAUACCUGCCGCGAGACCAGGAUUGGCCAAAGUUCGUUCCUUGCCUGCGAACUUUAUUUAUAAUCCACCAAGAGAGAGAAACGUUGAUGACGCCUCAAUUUCCGUAUCCUUGGACGAAAAACGACGCAGUUCGUAUUACCGCUCGAAUUCAAGACCGUCCAAGUUUAAGUCGAAACGCCGGCAAACCUUCCAUUCGGGUCACCAUCAACGAAGAUCACUACUACCAAUGCAUUUUGAAGUCGCCGAGGUCUUUGAGAAACCAGUCAGCAAUUUGACCGUACCUCGAAUUAUUCCACAUCGCAAUUACGCUGCCGCUAGUCAAGACAUCAGUCACAUACAACGUCAAAAGCCGCAGGCAAGCACCGAGACGCGAGAGAACAAGUCUCUGUUAAGUGUAAGCAAGCCGCAGACCAGCUCCCUGUCAGUCACGCCGGCUGGUUCGAGCAGCACCCUCAGCGUACCGCCGAAACUAACCAGCGACCGUUUUCUCAUGCCAACCGCAGACAUCUACCCGUCCAAGGCGAUGAUGACUCGCCGGAUAUCCAGCGACACGCAAUCCCCGUCGCAGUCGGAUACGAGCGCCAGCGCGGCAGCCGGCAGCAGCACGCGAACGCCCAGCAUCGCGAAUGGCUACGCUGGCGGCAAACCUCGCCCGGAGGAGCAGCAGCAGCAAAAGCCGAAAGAAGAAAGACGCACGACGACGGCGCCGACGGCCACCAUGGACGAUCUCGACGUGCAGUCCAUCAUCAAUGAGAGAAGACCGUCCAGACUGAGGACGCACGGCGCCGUGGCGUCCACCGCCACCAGCUCCAGCGAUCAGUACAGCGCAGCCAUCCGCGGCGAAGGCUACGGGCACAUCUACGCCGCCGACGACAGGUCCGACGAGCUCUCGCCGUGCGGGAACGCGAGCGAAAACGGCACCGGCAGCGUCGCGGGUAGCCUCAGCGCGGCUGGCAGCAUCAGCUGCGGCAGCGGCAGCGGCAGCGGCAGCCGAAGUAGCGGCGUCGCCGCUGACGGGGUGCACAUCGGCGAGGGUGGUGCUAUCGGAUCCGACGUGAGGAUAUACGUGGACGACACGGAUUCGGUGAGCAGUAACGGCCACCGGCGAGACAGACUGCGCGAUGACGAGACCUUGGAUGCCUCGACCACCGUUUCCUCGACCACAACGAUGAGAAAUGGCGGCGGAGGUACUGGCAGCGGCAGCGGCAGCGGCAUCGACGGUGGCAGUGGCAGUGGCAUCGCCGCUGGAAACAGCGAUUGUAAUGGCAGCGGCAAUGGCAAUAGCAAUGACAGUGGCGGUGCUAGCACGGAGAACGGCAAGGAGACUUCGUCCUCCGUCAGCAAGCCGCUGGAUCCCUCUUAAUCGAACAAGUCGUAGUCUAGUUGUAUGUACUGCGUCAGUGAAGUCACAACGCGAGGUUGAAGGCGUGGUGGCAUCCACGCCUGAGAUACCUCCCGACGGCUGAGGGUUGCGAAGGACUCGAGAAAGGGCUCUAAGAAAGACUGUAGUGCAUGACAAUAUAGUCGUUAUACUCUAGUCACUUCGCCGCCGUGAACUUGCCAAAAAGAAAAAACAAACAAAAACGAAGCCGAGCAUUUUUCUUUUUUUUUUUUAAGUAGAAAGUUUUAAGAUCGAGUCUUAAGGGCGGAACGGAAGAGAGAUGAGAGAGAACAGGGAUGAGCGUAUAAGAAAAUCCCGUUCACGUGAAUGAUCGUCCGAACGUGGACGAUAUAAUUAGGGAAAAUUCACCAAUACGUAGCGCACAGCUAUGUAAAAUGCACACCAUGCGCGCGCGCGUAGCGCGACUUAAAAACCUAUGACAAUCUCUUAUUGCCAACGGAACCGAUCUCGUGUUCUGUUUUCUGAAGCGUCGUCGGAAGUCGAAUCAUAGGAUUUGGUAGGAAGAAGAACGGCGUAGGUCCCAUCGAAAAUUAGAAAGAGAGAAUUUCAGUAGUUCAUAGCUAGAUCUUAUGUCGAAUUACGCGACAAUCGCAAUUAAUUGGACCACACUGUCUCGCCUUUUUCUUAUUAUCUAACUCGUAAAAAAUGCGCGCGAGUCACCGUCCGGAAAAUCAAAGAUAUCUACAAUCGAUCUAUAGAAAUUCUAUUCUAGUAACUCGAGUUUGAAGCCAAUGAACAAUUGAUGGGCUAAAUUCAAUUAAUGAUUUAAAAUUCUUGCAAGACGAAAUUUACUUUUCACUAUUUCAAUCAGGCAUUGUAAUCAUGCAUUGAUUUACAGGUUUAUAUAAAUCUAAAUUUAUCGAUGCAGUAGAUAAUUUCCACAAUUAUAAGAUUAAGUGACCAACAGAAAGCGCAAAACGAAAAAGUUUCAAUAAAUAUAAAUCUGCAAAUUGAUUAUUUUUAAGA